CAAAAUUGUUCGUUUGGUUGUCGGCAAAUUGCAAUUUCAGUUAAUUUAUUUAUAAUAAAUAAAUGAUGACGGCGAACGAACACAUCAUAUUUUUGGAUCUUCAAGAAUUUUUUGCAGACGAUAGACGCCGUUCCAAAAUCCUGAUAAAUCAAAACUGUAGGAAAAUAAUUGAUUUAGAAGAGAAGAUAACCCAAAUAUUUGGCAUUACUAGUUUCCAUUUGCUCAGUGAUGGUCAUUUCUUACCUUCAUGUGAAGAUAUAGCUCUCCUUAAGAAUGGAGAGGUCGUGUGUGUGAGACCAUCUAUAUGCCCAUCUAAAUCAAACUUACUCGAUGAAUCAUUUUAUAAAAGUUCAUAUAUUGAAAAAAACCUAAAACUAAAAGACGAAGCGUCUGCUGAAGUGGUACUAAAAGAUAUUCGCAAGGAUGAGUCCAACAAAGAACUCCAUAUUGAGGAGGCAGAUUCUAUCCCAAAGAGAAGAAAAAAGAAACAUCGCAUUGAAGAAAACAAUGAUACCCUAGAAGAAAACCAGUAUACAUUAUAUGCAAGCACUCCAAAUAAUACAAAUGCAUCCCUUCGACUCGCAGAUCCACAAGAAAAUGAGGAAAUGGUGGAAAGGCCUCUUUGUCUGUCAGACAGAAAGAAAAAAAAGAAAAUCAAAUUGGAAAAAAAUUCAUAUGAUUCAGGUCUUAAAUUGAAAAAAACCAAAAAGAGGAAACAUCAAGUACUUGAUGAUGGUACAACUGGAGAUGAUAGUAUAUUAAAAAGAAAUUGUGCAGAAAAUGUAGAAAAUGAGGAAGUUUGUCAGGUUAAAAAAAGGAAGAAGAAAUGUUCUCGGGAAAAAACUGAAAGUAUUGGUAAUCCAACAACCGAUAACACUAACAAUCAAGAAAUUUCUAAUUCUAAUCAAAAGAAUAAUGUUAAUAUCAUAAAGAUUGACAUUAUAAGAGAAAGGACCAAUAGUGAAAAAGUUAAAAAGUCAAGCGACGUUUGUUGUGAAGAUCUUGAGAAUUCAAAUUCUAAAAUGCCAUUUCAGGACCAGAAUCUAGAUAAGGAAAGUCGUAGUAAAAAUGAUACUGAAGCAGACAAGUUUCAUCCUCGGCCGUUGCCACACAUAAAAGCUAGGGAUAAAGAAUCAUGGAGUACACUGCCUCUUUCUAAAACAACAAAUAUAGUAAAAAUAAUUAAACUUCCUAUAGAUAAGAUAGAAAUAGAUCUCUCAAGAUUUGUGUUUGUGCCUAAUGUAUGCAUUCCUCAUGAAACUCCACAAGAAAUAAAUACAAGUAAUACUGUUGAUGGUAUUUCACAGACACACACCAUGAAAGAGACUGAACAGAAGAAUGCUUCUGAUCCGUCUCCUUGUGAUGAACAACCUGCACAUAAAGACAAAUCUUCAGAACCAAAUUCACUUUCCACUUCUCCUAACCAAACGAAAUUUACAAAUUCUUUGGAAUCAUCCCAAAACAAGCCUAUUCCGAUCUCUGAGAACGAAAAACAGAACUGUGACGGAGAUGAAAUGGCAAAGAAUCAAAAUUCUAGUUCGGUUUCAUUCGCAUGUCAGAAUUCGAACAAUUUGGAAAUGGACGAAAAUUCUCAGGACAGUACCAGAUCGAGGAAUGAAGCUCUCGAAGUAUGGAGAAAAAAGAUCUGCGAAAAAACCCAAGGUUUUAAAAUGGCCACAUUAUCGAAUUUGAAUGAAUUAUGCGAGGAACCAGCCCUGAAAAGGUGCAGUUCUGAGAAUAAGAAUGAAAAUGGAGAGUCCGGCGUUUUGUUAGACAUAAACGAAAGUCAAUUUAAUCCUAUACUCAAUGAGGCUAUAGGAAAUAGCUCGACCCUUAUGGAUACUCAGAAUGAAAGACCUGUAAAAACUCAAGAUACCACAAAAGAAUACAGCAGUGGGGCAAAUACAGAUGUAGGUUUAGGAACUCAGGAUAUUUCUGAACUUGUAGAAAUUACAUCAUCAAAUGGGAUUUCCUCGCCCACUAUUGAAGAAGAUUCUUCUUUAUCUGUUUCAAUAGUGUCAGAUAUCGGACAGAGCUUCGAAAUGAAGAGGAAACGGAGAAGGAGACACAAAAAGAAGAAGAAAAACGACACUUUUUUCAACGAAGAAUUCAAAGAUGUUUCUUGGGUUAAAAAUACUCCUUUUGUUCCUGCUAAACCAAAAAUUCAUGUCAGAUUUGACGAUUCGGACAAUGACCUCCCUGUGCUUCAAAAUAAAACCCAAAGUGAGAUACAAGACCUUGGUGAAAAUACGGAGAUGACUGAAAAUGUAAUUCUAGACGCAAGCUCCCAGCGUGAGCCAGAAAUAAGUUCAAAAGCUCCCAAGACCGAAUCAAUAGCGGAAGUACCUAAUGAAAUCGAAAAGAUUCACCAUGCUGAAAAUGAGGAGACUCCUGACUGUUCUAGAUCUCAAGAAUUUCCCAAUUCGUCAAAAGAGAAGAUAUUGGAAAGGUAUAAAAGUGAACUUCUUAGGAUUGUUGAUGCGAUGAAUACAGUCAAAAAUCAAGACUUCUCAUGCCAGAAUAAUUCAUCGCCUUGA